AUGUCCUCUUCUCAGAUAACUCCCUCUCAAUUGAUCUAUGCUUGUAUAGCUCACAACUCAACCAUUCUCACAGAGCAUAUCUCCGCAGCAUCGCCUCAAGCAAGCUCUUUAGCAUCAAUCGUUCUCCCUAAAAUCUCUCAUACUACGCCCAACAAGCUCACUUACACACAUAAUUCUAAUUUUAUACAUUUUAUCGCUGAUUCUCCGUCGCAAUAUGCACCCGGUGCCUCCGCUGGAGAACUUACCUACCUUGUGGUAGCCGACUCAGCACUAGGACGUCGUAUCCCUUUUCAAUUUCUCGAUGAAGUUAAGAGAGUCUUUUUGGAAAAAUACCCAGCCGAAACUACAGAUUUUUCGUGCCUACCCAUCUACGGUGCGGGAAACUUUAAUGGCGAACUUCAAGUAUUGACAAAGGAAUUCUCUGCAACCCAAGGAGGAAAACAAGAUACCAUUCGAAACGUUAGAGAAGAAAUUGAUAGUGUCAGGGGAAUUAUGUGUCAAAAUAUUGACAGCUUAUUGGAAAGAGGUGAAAGAAUUGACCUCCUGAUUGACAAGACAAAUAGACUCGGAGGCAAUGCUUACGACUUUAGAAUCCGGACGCGAGGUCUCAGAAGGAAAAUGUGGUGGAACAAUGUUAAACUUAUAGCUCUGUUGAUUGUUGUUAUUCUCUUCCUGGUGUAUCUUUUCGUUGGGUUCGGCUGUGGUCUUCCUGGCUGGUCUAAAUGUAUUGGCCGUGGGAGUUGA